GGCCGUGACCCUGGAGCUCCCCGGGCUGCAGCCCCGAUGCGUGGAAACCCGAGCUGAGAUCUCACGUGGAAGAGUCAGCUGUUGCUUCACAGGGACAGCCCUGGCCUGACUCACCCGGAAUGGCGGAGAUGGCUGGGGACAUCUCCAGUGGACACUCUGGGGCCAGUGUGUCCACCCAGGGCAGCUGUGACAACUGUUUCCAGCCCAAGGUGGCGCACCAAACACAGCACCAGGACUCUUGGAAUUCUUCAAGUGCUGAGGCACUCUACUGUGACCUGCCCCGAGGCCCAGCUGCCCUGGGGGUUCUGUCGGCCACCUCCACCUCCAGCCUGCAGUGUGCAGCUGACCAGAAUCUUGGGCCAGGGCCUCAGAGCUGUGACCAGGGACCUGACUGUGGAGGCAGCUCCAGCUCCGGGUGCAGCACCCCCGAUGAUACCAGCAACUCGUUCUCUGUGGACUGGAACGCUGUGGAGAGGCAGGAGGCAAUCCCCAGCUGGGACGAACCCCCCAUGAUGAUCCCUCGGAGGCUGCAGGAGGGGCCCAGGGCUGACAGUGCCCGGAGGGUCACCGCUAGGCCCCAUGUGGGAGGAGACUCUGCAAGCCCAAAAAAGGAAGAUCCUGGUGGUGGGAGUCGGAGUGCCGGACAACACUGGGCCAGGCUCCGGGGAGAAAGCGGGGCCUUCUGGGAGCAGCCCCGGGCGGCACCCACCCCGGCUCCCUCCACCGUGCCACACAGUGGAUCCCGGAGCUCCACCUCACUGAGGGAAGCUGCCCAGGCUGCCUCUGCUCAGCGCAGUGUAUCCCGCGCCACCUCUCCUCCCCGAAACACCUACAGGGACACCUCUCAGACCUCACCACCUGCCCAACGGGACACUGCAAGGACCUCGCCCACCCAGCGGAACAUCCCCAGAGCCAGCUCUUCCUCCAGAAUCACCCAGCGAGAUAACCCUGGUGCCUCAGCCACCCAGCGAAGCCAUCCACAGCAGCCGUUCUCUUCUCCCAGUGACAGGCAGCAAGGCCAUCCCAGAGGCUCCGCCACUCAGCGGGACACUCUUAGACCCUCCUCUCCCAACAGAACUACUCAACGGGACACCCCCAAAACUGCCUGUGCCCAACGGGACACUCUUAGACCCUCCUCUCCCAACAGAACCACUCAACGGGACACCCCCAAAACUGCCUGUGCCCAACGGGACACCCUUAGACCCUCCUCUCCCAAUCGGACCACUCAACGGGACACCCCCAAAACUGCCUGUGCCCAACGGGACACAUCCAGGGCCUCCUCUCCCAACCGGAGCACUCAACGGGACACCCCCAAAACUGCCUGCGCCCAACGGGACACACCCAGGGCCUCCUCCCCCAACCGGAGCACUCAACGGGACACCCCCAAAACUGCCUGUGCCCAACGGGACACCCUUAGACCCUCCUCUCCCAACCGGAGCACUCAACGGGACACCCCCAAAACUGCCUGUGCCCAACGGGACACACCCAGGGCCUCCUCUCCCAACCGGAGCACUCAACGGGACACCCCCAAAACUGCCUGCGCCCAACGGGACACACCCAGGGCCUCCUCUCCCAACCGGAGCACUCAACGGGACACCCCCAAAACUGCCUGCACCCAACGGGACACCCUCAGAACUUCCUCUCCCAACCGGAGCACUCAACGGACUAACCCUAGAGCCUCAUCUCCCAACCGGGCCACUCAAUGGGACGCACCUAGGGCUUCCUAUGCCCAGUGGGACACCCCUAAAACUCCUUGUGCCCAACGGGACACACUCAGGGUCUCCUUUCCCAGCCGGACCACCAGACGUGACACCCCCAGGGCUUCCUCUCCCAACCCGACUGCUCAGCGGGACGCCCCCAGGGCUUCCUGUGCCCCCCAGGACGGCCCCAAAGCCCAGUGCAGUAGAUGGGAUAAUCUCAGGACUGCUUGUACCCAAAGGAACAACCCACACACUUCCUCCUCACGUCGGGACAAUCCCGGAAUGGCCUCCACGCAGUGCUGUACCCCAAAGGACCGUCUCACACCACCAUCUCCCCACAGCUCCAGCCCUCAGAGCCACCCCCGGCCAUGCUCGCCACACCGUACCAACAAGGACAUUCCCUGGGCCUCCUUCCCUCUCCGGCCGACUCGCAGUGACGGCCCCCGGACCACUUCCCCAGCUCGCUCCAAGCCAAGCGAGGUGCCCUGGGCAUCCGUUGCUCUUCGGCCAACUCAAGGUGACAGGUGUCAGUCGUCCUCCCCUCCCAGAGCAGCCCAGCGGGAUGCACCCCAGUCCUGCUCUGGCUCCGCCCAGCACCACUCACCGGCCCGGGUCACCUCCUCCUCCCACAACCCUGGCCAGCAAGCCACCUCCCGGGCAGUCCCUGCUGCAUACACUGUCCCUCGGGGAGCUCCCCAGGUGUCUGCUGAGUCCUCCCAGGCCCCCUGUGCUGUAUGCAUCGGGCACCGCGAUGCCCCUCGAGCCUCCUCGCCGCCUCGUUAUUUGCAGCACGACCCCUUCCCCUUCUUUCCAGAAACCCGAGCAACUGAGAGUGAACUGCCCCACCACGAGCCCCCCUACAUUCCGCCUGCCGUGUGCAUUGGGCACCGGGAUGCCCCCCGGGCCUCCUCGCCCCCUCGCCACACCCAGUUCGACCCUUUCCCCUUCCUACCAGACACGUCAGAUUCGGAGGUUCAGCCCCCGCAGCAGCACGACCCUCCACAGCUCCCCCCACCUGUGUGUAUCGGGUACCGUGAUGCACCGCGGGCCUCCUCCCCGCCACGCCAGGCCCCGGAGCCCUCCCUCUUGUUCCAGGACUUCCCCAGGGCCAGCACUGAGAGCCUCGCCCCCUCCACGGACUCCCUGCACGAACCCCUCCACGUCCCCGUCCCUGUGUGCAUCGGGCACCGCGAUGCCCCCUCUUUCUCCUCCCCACCACGCCAGGCUCCGGAGCCCACUCUCUUCUUCCAGGAUCCCCCGGGGACGAGCACCGAGAGUCUGGCCCCCUCCACUGACUCCCUGCAUGGCUGCCCUCUGCUGCCCCCACAAGUGUGCAUUGGCUAUCGCGACGCCCCCCGAGCUUCCUCCCCGCCCCGCCACCCGCCCAGCGACACGGUGCCGCUGGCAUCCUCCCCCACGCCGGGUAGCUCCCGGGGCUCGGGGCCCUCUGGGGAGACCAGGCACAGCUUGGAGAGGGAGGAGUACACCAUGCUGGCCGACCUGCCCCCGCCCAGGAGGCUGGCCCGGAGGGAGCCAGGGCCGCAGGCGCAGGGCAGCAACGGGGGCCGCACCCGCAGCCCUGGCCGCGCAGAGGUGGAGCGCCUCUUCGGGAGAGAGCGCAGGAAGUCUGAGGCGCCGGGGGCCUUCCAGCCACGAGAAGAGGGAUGGUCCCAGCGGCCCAGCCAAGGUCAGAGCCAGCUACUCCGAAGACAGUCCAGCCCAACCCUCAGCAGGCAGGUGACCAAGCCACCUGUCAAGCAAGCGGACCCGGCUAGGCGGAGCCGAGCACAGCUCUCCAGUCCCAGGAGUCCUGAGAGGUGGCUUGAGGGAGAGCAGCGUCUUCAGGGAACCACACCAGCUCCCAGGACGGCAGUCGGCCCCUGUGAGAGGGAGCGGCGGUUAGAGAAUAGCCAAGCUGGUCCUCAACAACCUGCAGCAGCGUGGCAGGGUCACGGGGAGCUGCCAGGGGCCCAGGGCCCUCACCGACAUCUGGAAAGGAGCUGGAGCACCGGGGAGGAAGGUCUGGGUCCCGGAGCCUCUAGAGCCCCGGAAGGAAUGUGGGGGGGCCCACCUAGCACAGGUUGGGGGCAAUUGGAGGCCUGGGAGGAGUUCCCGGCCCCCAGGAGCUGGGGCAGUCUACAGGAGCUGCCUGGUCCCCGCCAGUCUCUGAGUUCUGCAGAGACGCCCUGGGCAGGCACAGAGGAAGUCACGCCACCCCAAGGGUCCAGGACACCUUCUGCCACAGGCUGGGGGGGUGAAGGAGUUUGCCCACAGCCACACAGCCCUGAGCCGCACCCUGAACUUGACUGGAGAGAUCUGCUGGGCCUUCUCCAGGAGCCUGGAGAGGGGGCCUGGGCCCGGCUCCCGCGGCUCAACUGGGAAGGCCUCCUGGAGCUCCUACAGGCUCGGUUGCCCCACAAGGGCCCAGCUGGCUAUUGGGAUGACCCAGCUAAGGCCUCUGGCCCGGAGCUUGGUCCUCCUGGCACAAAUGAUGCCCCGGAACUGGAGUCACACAGGCAGCCUGAAGGGUGGGCCAAGACCACUCUCAUCAAUGGACGCAGCCCUGGGCAGUGGGCCAGCAGCCCGACUCAGCCACCCAGCCCUGCCUGCACCUCCACCCAGUGGCCAAAAACUCAAGCAACAAGCAAACCAGAGACCUCAGCAGUGGCUGAACUGGAAGAGAUGGGCCAACUGGGGAGUAGCAGUGACACAGACCUGCCCAGCGCGGUCACAGCAGAGUUCCAGCCAGAAGAACCUAAAGAGGCAGAGGCUCCAAGCAGAGACGGAGACGUGCCGACUGACCAGAAGCAAGCUGACUCGGCAGACCAGAGGCCGGCAGAGGGCAAGGCUGGGAGCUCACUCAAGGGCCGACUGGUGACCUCAUGGCGGAUGCCGGGGGACCGGCCCACGCUGUUCAAUCCGUUCCUGCUGUCUCUGGGGGUCCUCAGGUGGCAAAGGCCUGACCUGCUCAACUUCAAGAAAGGAUGGAUGUCGAUCUUGGACGAACCGGGAGAGUGGAAGAAGCAUUGGUUUGUGCUAACAGAUUCAAGCCUCAAGUAUUACAGAGACUCCACGGCUGAGGAGGCAGAUGAGCUGGAUGGCGAGAUUGACCUGCGCUCCUGCACAGAUGUCACCGAGUACAUGGUGCAGCGCAACUAUGGCUUCCAGAUCCACACCAAGGAUGCUGUCUAUACUUUGUCGGCCAUGACCUCCGGCAUCCGGCGGAACUGGAUUGAGGCUCUGAGGAAGACUGUGCGUCCAGCGUCAGCCCCCGAUGUCACCAAGCUCUCGGACUGCAAUAAGGAGAACACGCUACACAGCUACGGCACUUCAAAGGGCUCAUUGAAGGCAGGGGAGCAACGGGCGGCCCCUGAGCUCAUCAGCCGGGGCGGCCCCCGCAAGGUAGAUGGGCAGCGGCAGGCCCUGGACUACGUGGAGCUGUCCCCCCUGAGCCAAGGCUCCCCACAGAGGGCCCGCACCCCGGCCAAGGCUCCUGACCGGCCAGCCAAGCAGGAAGAACUGGAACGGGACCUGGCCCAGCGUUCCGAGGAGCGGCGCAAGUGGUUUGAGGCCACAGACAUCCGGGCCCCAGAAACGCCCACCAGCGAGGGGCCCCGCAGGGGCCUGGGCGCCCCCUUAACCGAGGACCAGCAGAGCCGCCUGAGCGAGGAGAUCGAGAAGAAGUGGCAAGAACUGGAGAAGCUGCCUCUGAGGGACAGUAAGCGAGUGCCGCUCACAGCCCUGCUCAACCAGAGCCGCGGGGAGCGCCGGGCGGCUCCCAGAGACAGCCACGAGGCACUGGAGAAGGAGGUCCAGUCCCUCCGUGCCCAGCUGGAGGCCUGGCGGACCCGAGGGGAGGCGCCCCAGCACUCACCCAGAUCACAGGAAGACAUCCCCAUUCCCCCAGGCUACAUCUCCCAGGAGGCGUGUGAGCGCAGCCUAGCGCAGAUGGAGUCCUCACACCAGCAGGUGAUGGAGGAGCUGCAGCGGCACCACGAGCGGGAGCUGCAGCGCCUGCAGCAGGAGAAGGAGUGGCUCCUGGCCGAGGAGACGGCGGCUACGGCCGCGGCCAUUGAAGCCAUGAAGAAGGCCUACCAGGAAGAGCUGAGCCGCGAGCUAAGCAAGACGCGCUGUCUCCAGCAGGGACCCGAUGGGCUCCGCAAGCAGCACCAGUCAGACGUGGAGGCGCUGAAACGGGAGCUGCAGGUGCUGUCGGAGCAGUACUCACAGAAGUGCCUCGAGAUUGGGGCGCUCACACGGCAGGCUGAAGAGCGGGAACACACGUUGCGGCGCUGCCAACAGGAGGGCCAGGAACUACUGCGCCACAACCAGGAACUGCAUGCCCGCCUGUCGGAGGAGAUUGACCGACUGCGGGGCUUCAUGGCCUCACAGGGUACAGGCGGCUCAGGGCACAGCGAGCGGAGUUCCUGCGAGCUGGAGGUGCUGCUGCGGGUGAAGGAAAAGGAGCUGCAGUGCCUGAAGAAGCAGGUCCAGUGCCUCCGGGACGAGCUGCAAACGCUGCAGCAGGACAAGCGCUUCACCUCAGGAAAGUACCAGGAUGUAUACGUGGAGCUGAAUCACAUCAAGACACGCUCAGAACAGGAGAUUGGGCAGCUGAAGGAGCACCUGCGCUUGGCCAUGGCUGCCCUGCAGGAGAAGGAGGCGGUGCGCGGCAGCCUGGCUGAGUAGAGGAGAGGUCCCUGAAGUCCAGCUGAGCUGCAGACCCACCAGCCUGUGGUGACCCGUCACCCUCCUGCCCAGCAGUGUGAAGUCAGGAGCCAAGGGUCCUUCCUCAACUGUGGGCUGCACAGGCACUCCCUGACCCUGCACGGAUGGACAUACACACGCAGAUACACAAGGACAUGCACACAUCAACACAGACAUACACUGAU